AUGAAUAUUCAUGAGACACUAGCGAGGCGAGUGUCAGACCUAGCCGUAGUGCGCAUGCGCCUAGAACAAACGUCCGCGCGGCUUCCGAAAGCGCGCACACAGAGAGGCGAGAGAGCGAGAGAGAGAGAGAGAGAGAGAGAGCAACAAGCCAGCGCCAAGAUGGCGGAUCUGGGCAAGAAGUACUGCGUGAACUGCCUGACGGACGUUACGAACCUGCGUCUGCGCUGCACCGACUGCCCAGACAUCGAGCUGUGUCCCGAGUGUUUCUCCGCCGGGGCGGAAAUCGGUAAUCACCGGAGAUGGCACGGUUAUCAGCAAGUGGACGGCGGCCGUUUCACUCUCUGGGGUCCCGAGGCUGAGGGAGGUUGGACCAGCAGGGAAGAGCAAUCGCUGCUCGAUGCCAUCGAACAGUAUGGGUUCGGCAACUGGGAGGACAUGGCAGCCCAUGUGGGUGCCUCUCGCACACCUCAGGAGGUGAUGGAGCACUACGUGACUAUGUACAUCCACGGUAACCUGGGGAAGGCGUGUAUCCCCGAGCUGAUCCCGAACCGUGUGACGGACCACACAUGCCCGGGCGGGGCGCCUCUCUCCCCGAGCCUCACUGCACCCCCACCGCCGCUGGAGCUCACGCCGGCUGAACAGCAGCAGCUCGGCUACAUGCCGCUUCGCGACGACUACGAGAUGGAAUACGAACAGGAGGCGGAGUUGCUCGUCAGCGGCUUGUCUGUAAACUACGACGACGAGGACGUGGAACUUGAGAUGAAGCGCGCGCACGUCGAUAUGUACGUACGAAAGCUGCGCGAGCGACAGCGCCGGAAAGAUGUCGCCCGUGACUAUAACCUCGUAAAUGCCUUUCUUGGUCGCGAAAAGAAAGACAAAGGUAGCGGAGGUGCUGGUACCACUUUGGCCCCGCCCAUUGUGGGUUCGACAUCAUCGGGUUCCGGGAAGCGCAAAAUCACGAAGGAGGAGCGUGAGCAGCGGACAAAAUUGCGUGCGCUCUGUCAGUUUAUGGCGUUCCGAGAAUUCGAGGACUUCUUUGACAACAUGCACAAGGAGCGAGUGCUACGUGCCAAAGUGCGUGAACUCCAGCGUUACCGACGCAACGGCAUCACGCGUCUCGACGAGUCAGCCGAAUACGAGGCAGCGCGGCACAAGCGCGAGAAACGGAAAGAAAACAAGAGCUCCAAGAGAGGCAGCGGAAGUGGUGGUGGAGCUGGGAUUGGAAUCGGAGGCGGAGCUAACUCAGGAAGUGGAGCCAAUGCCGGGGGCGGAGCCGGCACCAUCAAAGAGGAAGGAAAAGAUGGUGAAUUCUCAGCCAUCGAGCACUUACCGGGCUUCGAGCUGCUUUCUGAUCGCGAGAAAGUGCUGUGCAACUCGCUGAACUUGAGUCCGACUCGGUAUUUGACGGUGAAAACGAUCAUAAUUAAAGAUCAUUUGCAGAAACGGCAAGGCGUCCCCGCCAAGAGCCGCUUACCAGGCUACCUGGACAAAAUGCUGAAAAGACGCAUCCUGAACUUCCUCACGGAGAGUGGCUGGAUAUCGCGAGAUGCCGCGUAACGUUCCGCGCUUCUUUUCUAGUGUUUUCUAAGAACACGGGACUCCGAAUCCCAAUCCCGGUUCUGUUCAUAGGAAUGUAAAUGUGGCAAAAGGAAAAACCUUGACUACAAUUUUGAUAAGGUUUCAAAGGAAUAAAUCUGUAUAUACAUAUGUA